UUAAGCGCAGAGAGAGAGAGAGAGACCUUCCGACCUGCAGAGUCCCCGUUCUUUCGCCGCACUGCUUGCAAUACACGUCCGAGAAAGUGAAAGAAAUUCAAAAAAGGAAAAGGAGAGAAAAUUCAAGAGACCCGAGGAGAUAUUUUUUUUGUCGAAAUUCGAACAAGAUUCUGCAGCAUUUUCCGUUCGGCCAAAUAGUCGGAUCCCACCGGACCUAUCUCUCUCCGUCAAGCCCUGUGGAUUCGAUCACCUUCUGAGUGCAAAUUCGAAUCUGGUUUCUCUUGCAGAAGCAUUUGCGACCUGAAUUGCUCAAACUUUACCGUAAUUCAGAUCAAAGGUUUGCUUCAAGAUUGAAGUUCCAGAUGACCGUUUUUCAAGUUGAAUUGCCAGAAGAAGGAUUUUCCCGGAAAUCACUGGAGUGAUUUUCUUGGACUUUUUUCAAGCGCAGAGUCUGAAGUUGUUUGCAGAAACUGAAGAGUUUUUCAGAGAAAGUGAAUGCGCCUCCGAUCUUCAGUUGGAGGCGUAAUUUGUCUGAGAACAUCGUUUUGCAUAAGUAAGCGGAUCUGAGAAGCAUCUUGAAGAAUUCCGAUUUUUUUUUAAAAAAAUUCUGACAGUGCAAGAGUUGUUUAGUUGGAGACUUCAGAGCAAAUUUUCCCUUCUAUAAUCCAAGGAAAAGGAAAAUUAUACGGAAAAUAUCUCUCCUCUUGGAUGGAGCUUCCUCAACCCCGCCCUUUUGGAACCGAAGGUGGGAAACCAACACAUGAUUUUUUGUCACUGUACCAUUCAACUGUUCCACAAGAUCCAAGACCUUCUCAAGCAGGUUACCUAAAAACUCAUGAUUUCCUACAACCACUGGAACGGGGAGAGAAAAACAGCAUCAAGGAAGAAAAUGCAAUUGAGAUAAGAACUGUGGAUAAACCACCACCACCAGCUCCUCCCCCAAACUCUUCAGUUGAGCACAUUCUCCCGGGGGGAAUUGGGACUUAUAGUAUAAGCCACAUUUCCUAUUUUAAUCAAAGGCUUCCAAAGCCAGAGGGAUCAAUAUUUACAGCAGCUCAAGCAAGUACGUCCGAUAGAAACGAAGAAAAUUCGAACUGUAGUUCUUAUACUGGAAGUGGCUUUACAUUGUGGGAAGAAACUGCAGUAAAGAAAGGAAAGACAGGGAAGGAGAAUGCAGUAGAAAGACCCAUUGGAAUAGAGCCGGCGGUGAAGUUGGGGCAAUGGACAUCGGAGCGGCCAUCUCAAUCCCCUUCCAACCAUCGUAGCAGCUUCAGCUCUCUCUCAUCCUCUCAGCCAUCUGGGCAGAAGAACCAGAGCUUCAUGGAGAUGAUACAGUCAGCUUCAGCUAAAGGUACCCAGGAAGAGGAAGAAGAAGAUGAAGAGGAGUUUGUUCUUAAGAAAGAAAGCUCCUCAAACAAAGGGGAUUUGACUGUGAAAAUAGAUGGGAAGAGCAGUGAUCAGAAGGCUGUCACGCCGCGCUCAAAACAUUCCGCAACUGAACAGAGGAGGAGGAGCAAGAUAAACGACAGAUUUCAGAUGUUGAGAGACCUUAUCCCUCAUAGUGACCAAAAGAGAGAUAAAGCAUCAUUCUUAUUAGAGGUCAUCGAGUACAUUCAGUUUUUACAAGAAAAAGUACAUAAAUAUGAAGGUUCAUUCCAAGGGUGGAACCACGAAUCAGCAAAAUUGAUGCCAUGGCGAAACAGUCACAGGCCAGCAGAAAGUUUUGCUGAUCAAUCUCGAGGCAUAAAUAGUGGGUCUGGUCCAGCAUUAAUGUUUUCUGCUAAGUUUGAUGAGAAUAAUGUUGCUGUCUCCCCAAACAUUUCCAGGAACACACAGAACCCUGUUGAAUCUGACUUGAGUGCUUCUACUACCUUCAAAGCAAUGGAUCGCCACCCUGGACUAACAAACAAGGCGGUACCCAUUCAUAUGCAGUUGCAGCCAAACAUCUUCACUCCUGUUGUGGGAGGUGGUGGACUAGCCCAACUUCCGCCUAGGCUGGCACCUGAUGCUGAAAAUAUGGCAUCUCUGCCACAAUCCCAGUUAUGGCAGAGCAGAUCAUCUGUUACCACUGAGUGCACUGUUGCAAGUGAUAAGUUGAAAGAGCAGGAGCUAACUAUUGAAGGGGGUACCAUCAGCAUCUCGAGUGCAUAUUCCCAAGGGUUGUUGAAUACUCUGACACAAGCAUUGCAGAGUUCGGGAGUGGACUUGUCAAAAGCCAGCAUUUCAGUGCAAAUUGAUUUAGGUAAUAAAGCAAACAGCAGACCUACUGCCCCAACACCCAUUAUCAAGGAUAACCAGGUUCCCUCUAGUAAUCAUGCCACGGCACGUUCUAGAGUUGCAAGCAGUGGUGGAGACUCUGACCAAGCCCUGAAAAGGCACAAGACUUGCAAAAACUAAUAUGACAAUUCAAUAAUAUUCUUUUUUUGCUAUUUAAUUUAUUCAUUUUUUGGGUUCCUUCCCCUGUUGGGAGGGGGUUAUUCAUGUCUUCUCCUGGUUUAUAAACUACCCAGUUGAGAACAAGACCAAUUGUACAUGUAGUAUUUUUGGGCUUGUUGGGAUGCACAGAUUUCCCUAACAGGCAAAUAUAUAUUACCUUUUAUUUUUGUAUCGGGUCUACAAUAGAGGCUUCCAUCCUAAUGUUGAGAAGCUGCUUUUUCAUUCAAGGCUUCUAUUUAUGUUAA